AUGUCAAAGAAUUGGGCAGACCGUAGCCCUGUUUCUUCGACGUUUUUGCAGCGUAAAGUCACGUCUCACAGCUCAUAUGAGAAUCGGCAUCCUCCAAAUGCACUGCCGAGCUAUACGGCAUUCGAAAAUGCCAACAGUAGAGCCGUUUUAGAAAUGUCUCACCAGUCGGGAAGUAGCGAGGACUGUUAUAUCAAUCUUAGAGCUAUAACGGGACCAAAGCCGUCAUCUCCAGCUAAGCAUUCCAAGAACAGUUCUGGUCCAGAUCAGCUAAAAAAUCCUUUCGGCAAUCAACAACAUCUCUUUUCCCAGACUAGAAUUAGUCAUCUCAGUAACAGUAAUCACCAUACCUCCUCAUCGUUCAUUGCUUCUUUGCCAACACAACAGCAACUUCAGAAUCAACAGUCAAUUGGAUUUGUGAAUUACGGGUACACGCACGCUGAGGAAGACUACGAGAAUGCCAGCUCAUUCAUGAGCUCUCCACAAUUAUCUGGUUUCACCCGUCUAAAACCUCGUGCGAACACUGCACCGUCCCGCAGACGCCCUCUGGUGAACCAAAACUACAUAGACAUGACGUCAUCACAUUUUAAUGAGUCACCGAAGUUGAGUCGCAGAGCUACUCCAGAAGUGCCGAAGCCAUUUCCUGCAACUACAGGACUCCGCGAGUUAUCAGUCGAGACGUCCAGUCUGCCGGGAUCACCGAAGUUCGUCGCGAGGAAGGGCAGUCUGCCGGUGAGGUUGAUGCGGCAGGUUAAUGCAGGCAGACACCCGGGAGGGGCUGAGAAUCAGAAUGUUGACGGGGAAAGAGCGAUGCCGUUUUGUGCCGCCUGCACACAGAUUGCGGCAACGUUGCCAAAUGGUUGGGAAGUUUCGGAAAACGAAGAAGGAAUCCCCUACUUCAUCGAUCACAAUACUCGCUCAACACACUGGAGGAUCCCAUGGUUGCCUCCCUGUCUCAGCUGUGAGGUGAUACACAAUGGACUUUUGGAUAGCAAUGCCAACAAAACGAUGCCUCCACCGCCUCCGAUUCCCCGUCGCAAACCAAUCGCCGAGGAACAGGUCACGUCUCCAACAUCAUCACUCUCUAUGCCGGCGUCAGACGCCAAUCACGCAAUAAAACAACAGACACCACAACCUUUGUUUUCGAACUACCUCAAAAGUGAUCCACCAAAUGAUUACCUUCUGCAUCCUUUCAGUUCAUCAAAUGCCGAAGUUUUUGCUCCAGAGGGGAUCAAUCCAGGAUCCAGAGCCAGUACAUCCUCCUACAUCGCCUGCUACCCUGGACAGAUGGACCAGUUGAGACAUCAGCAGGAGGUCAUGCGAAGAGUACCACCGGCCCGGCCUCUGACCAGGUUACCAAAUGCUCUUCCUUUGGACGUUGCAGUGGCCGAGGAGAGCAGCAAGCGCAUGGUUGAGGCUCUAAAGAUUCCCUCGGUCUCUCCCUCCAGACUUCACGCCAUGGAAGACUCGCCAGACGGUGCACCCACACUCUCUUCUUCUAACCCUCCCUCUGCUGUAGCUGUCCCGAAGAGGCCUCAGCACCCAUCUGUCGAGUCUCAAUUGCUAUUCAUGCUGGAAACGCAGCCAGACUUCUUCAUGGAGACAUAUUACAAAGCCGACGAGAAAUUGGACAGAAUGCUUGACUUCUCUGUAUUUGAGUCAAAUCAUCUCGAGGUCAUGCGGGACUCCCUCGAUCGCAAAUACUUCGAGGAAUGCCAGGCUGUUUGUGCAUCGUAUGAGAGGUAUCGAAUGGCCUUAACAGAGCAGAUUCAGAAGAAAAUGACGGCCGAUCUGAAAGAAAAACACAAAAGGCAGUUGAAUCAUAUCAAGCGAUCAACCAAGGGAUUGAUUCCAGCUGGUGAUCAUCGCAGUAUAGAUAAUGUAUCUCUAUCAUCUCUUGAUUUCAACGAAAACUGAACGAGCAUUCAAUGACUGUUCAAGAAACUAAAUAAACUGAAAAUCAUACAACUGCUUUUAUCUUUCAUUUUUUACACUGAAUAAUUAGGUGCUUCAGUUAGUUAAACGAAAUUCCCAGUGCUUUAGUUUGUACGCGCAAAUUGCAGAUUUAUUCAAGUGCAUUAAUAGAGUACCAUAUCACCUGAAUGUUUUGCGGUGUCGCCCUAAUACAGAAAUGUUUUGAUCAGAA